CAGUUCCUCUACUCCGCCGAAUCCCUCCGUCACCACCCCAAAAACGAACACAUACCAGAAGUCAUCAUCCUCGGCGCCUCAAACGUUGGCAAGUCCUCCUUCCUCAACGCCCUCGUCGGCCGUCCCGGCGCAGCGAGAGUCAGCGCUCGCCCAGGCAAAACCACGCUCAUGAACGCCUUUGGCCUGGGCCCCCUCCCAAACAUCCCCAAGGGUCUCGUCCGUCAGGGCGAAAAGCUGCCGCGGUAUAGUCUUGUUCUCGUGGACACGCCGGGGUAUGGUUUCAAGAGUCAGGCUAGUUGGGGGGAUGCAGUAUGGAAGUACAUCAAGGCACGGAAGAUGCUGCGCGGUGCCGUAGUGUUGCUUUCUUCUGAAAAGAAACUCAUGGAGCAGGACAAGUGGCUGUUGAGGACACUGGCCGAGGCAAACACCAGGACGCUGGUGGUAUUGACCAAGGCUGACAAGGGGGGCGGAUCAUGGACUCAGCGAUGCGGCGACAUGGCCACAUUAGUGCGAGAAGAGUUGCGGAAAAUGUCACAAUCUGUGGGCAACGGAUGGGAAGAAGGAUCGGGCUGGAACCCAGAUAUACACAUCACUGCGGCAGGAAUGGACAAUGUGCCCAAGCUAGGGAGCGGAGGGGGCGUGGGGGGUGUCCGGACGAGUAUCCUAGAAAUGGCAGGCUUCGACUUUGACCUCAAAGAGAAAGAAGUCAAGAAGAAGGACGAGACGGUCACGUACGGAGGACCUGUGGUUUCAUUUGAUGAUAUUAAAUGGAAGACGGGGUGA